AAACGUGCUGACGAGGCCACCUCGGAGGAGAGCGACUCCGAGGUUGGUUGGAGUAAGGGCUCCGCGAGCGAGGUGUCCUCUCACGGCGGCACUCCCACCAGAGCAGCUCCGAAACGACGACGGACUCUGAUUGCCCCCGCAGCCAGCCCCUCCACUCCGGUCCCAUCGGCAAGUGUUGUUAUUUGGUCAUUUGAAUCGUCAACUACUUGGGGAGUUGGGGUAAGUUUGGUUCAUCACCCGGUACUCAAUCAGCUGGGUAGUCAACGCGACCCCUUUCAGUGGCAUAUGGAAAUGGAGUCUUGGAACUGGGAAAGCCCUCCGCAAGACACCAACGAUUAUGGUGGAGGGGACAAGAACUGCGUUCCAAGGUGUCAUCUGUUUCCACGUGGUCCAGAACACGGCUGCGGGAUUCGACUUUUGUGUCAUACGCUUGAGGUGAUCACCACUGCGAUGCUCCGAAAGUCCUCCUUUCAAGAAGGUACCGUAAUCAUCACCGAAUUCAACGAAAAAAACGAGUCUCCAUCGAAAUUUUGUCCACGUUGGAAUGAGACUCUCUUAUUCAACAUUACCCACACCGAUAACUGUGGUAAACCCGGUCAGCCCAACAUUGAUUCAUCGCUCCAAUCAACCAUGAGCAAUUGA